AUGAGAGCAAGAACUGAUCCUUCAUUUGUAGAUUUUUUACUACGUGUUGGCAGUGGGGAAGAACCAGUUCUGGUGGAUAACAUGAUCAAGUUGCCAAACGAGAUGGUAAUAAAAUCUACAAAUGAGGAGGAUUUAGAAAAAGAUUUGAUAAAUGUUGUUUUACCCCACCUCUUCAAAAAUGCACACUCAGCGGAAAAUAUUACAAAUCGAGCAAUUUUGGCAACCAAAAAUGAUUUCAUUGACAAAUUGAAUGAGAAUCUCAUUGACCAAUUCCCAAGCGAACCGACUACAUAUUAUAGCUUUGACAAAGCUACUGAUGAUACGGGGACCUAUUACCAAGAAGAUUUCCUUAAUUCAUUGGCUCCAAAUGGCCUCCCGCCACAUAAGUUAACGUUGAAAGUUGAUUGUUCUAUAAUGUUGUUGAGAAAUUUGGAUCCGACAAAUGGAUUGUGA